CGACUGACCUAUCAAAUCAAUUUUUGUGCUAGAAACUUUUUGGGCGAUAAGCUUCAUACAUACGUUCACUAUCGACAACAUACUCAUUCACGAUCGCGAAUAACGGUUAUAGUCUUCGCAUACGAAUUACUUCCUGGAAAAUAUAAUCGGAGGUAAUUGCUCCAUUGCUAGGAUAAAAUAGGCCUCUGCGGUUUCGGUAACAACAGGCAAUUGGCCUGUUCGGAUCAUCAACAAUGGCCGCCAUCCAGCAACUGCGAAUGGCCUCAGUUUUCUCUUCCCUCUUCCCGAGAAUAGCCUCCACGAGCUUCAACUCUUCUUUCCGAUCAACUAUCCUUUACGCACAACAAGCGCGACAGACGCCACUACCGUUGUUACCCGAGCUCGCCGUUGCCAUCCCCGCUGCCAUCUCAAGAAUACCCUCGCUAUUAGGUGAUAUAUGGGAAGGGAUUCUCCGAGCAGUGCCCAAGAAAAAGACAUCGCACAUGAAGAAGAGGCAUAGGCAGAUGGCAGGAAAGGCUCUGAAGGACGUCACAUCACUGAACAGAUGUCCCGCCUGUGGGAAGGUAAAGAAGAUGCAUACACUAUGUUCUAGUUGCAUGGCCCAUCUUGGAGGUAUGCUCGAAAACGACUUCAAGGGAAAGACAAAAUGAUACGUAGAUCUGCUCCUCGAGAGCUGUGGGAAGAUACCUACAUAGCCAAAGUCAAUUAUACGAAUCGAUCAUCAAGCAAAGUGGAAUUUGUGCAUACUACCGGAGUUUCGGUAUAGGAGUAAGGGACAUAUCUACAGUAGGUAUUGACUGUAAAAUACAUGUACAAUGGAAACCAAUGCCAUUCCGUUCGAGGCUAUUUCACACGAGCUUCGCUAUUCUGGAUAUGAAAAUGACGCUCUCAGCCGUUGCCUUAGAAGAAUUAAACAUCAAUGGCAUACCUGAGGUAUGCAUGCUUAGGUAAUCCUUCAUAGAAUGACCAUAAAAUGAAAUGACCAGAGCUUGAUUCUUCUAGACCCGCAAUGUAGGAAGGCAGGAAUGAAGAAACGAU